UUCCCAGACACAAAGGUCUCGCUUGACCUUUGGCACUUCGUCAUGCGGUAUUCGGGAUGCAUCGUCAAUACAACAAGGAACCCACGCCAGAAGGAGGUUGCAGCGUGCAUCUCCUCCUGUAUUGUUGCCCAGAAAGCUGAUGGAGCAAGCCAACACGCAGUGUACCGGUCUAAGGAGGAGCAGGAACGGCGGCUUGUUGAGGCGUUUGAGUAUUUUGAGCGGGUAGGGGGCAUAUGGGGUCGCUAUGCAUCAAAGGUUCAUGCUGAGCAGCUUCAGCACGUUCGAAAAGGCUGUCUGGCAAGACCGCGCAACGACAUAGCCUCCGACGGAAGCCGUAUCGAGGGUUCUCACAAAGGCUGGAACACGCUUAACCGAGCGCAGCCAAGCGGCAUUGAGACAAUGUCAGCGCUGUGCCAUGACUUCGUUCUCCGCAGGAACAUACGCAUUGCUAGCCGCCUCGAGGACCGAUCCACCUUCAUCCAGUCCACCUUCGGCUCGCACCAUGUCCACUUUACUGACUACGUUGCAAGGCUAUGGAAUCAAACGUGCAUAGAGACUAAGUCUACCAACCUGCUCCACCUCCCUAUCCUCGCCAAAGUCGACUCCAACGAAGCCUUUGGUCUCGUCCCUUCAAAUUAUUUCCUCAGUUUUGGCGGUAACAUCGAAGUCAAAAUUGAAGAGAGCCUUCUUCUCGACUCGGACCUCAGCGGUGAUUCUGCGGAGCAGGUCACUGAGUCAGCUUUGACCAACUUGAAUGCUGGCUCGGAUAACACCAUCGUAAGUCACUACUGCUUUACUUAUCAUAACGAGACGUACCGGUUGACAACUACAUCGCCAGCCCUGCGCUCUAUCACCCGUAGCAGGUGCACCCCUCAGCUUGGAGUGUCAGCCUCAGCUACCGGAUCCCGUGCCGCAACACCAUCUAGCCAACCCUCCGAGGUUACACGACUCCCUCCACUCCCUCCUGGUCUCACACGUUCCGAGCAUUUCUUCAGCAUCUCGACCGGUAUCGACGCUCGUGCACUGCGGAUUGAAGGCGACGCCGAAUUCUACCUAUUCAUGGACAUGCGUGCCGAGUUCAAGUGGCAGUCUUACAACAUGUCGCCGAGAAAGUGGGUUCCCGCAACGGAUGUCUACAACAGCCGUCUCCGCGAGCUCAAUAGGGCGAGACAAAUACCCACUAUCGCCAAGCACCCACAGGCCCUUCUUCGGAAGCUCGGCGAUAUCGAGCGUUCAGUUCUUGAUCGUAUCCACACGAAGAACUUCACGUGUAAAUAUCUACUAAUUUUGCUCACCUCCCAAGUCCUGUUGCUGACGUUUCUCACAGCUCAGCGUAACACCGAGACAUUUUGGAAGCAUCACUGCCAAGUCAUUCAGCUUGUGAAGGAAGAAUCGGCGGACAAGGUAAGCAGGUUAACAAUUUGA